AUGAAUGAAGUUACAAUCAAACAGCUUAUGAGAUAUCACCCGAACCACCCUGAACCGAAAGUUAGUGCUGCAUUCUUUGGUUUCAUAAAAGAUGCAAAUUAUGUUGAUCCAGAUCCAGUAGAUCACCAGAAUUGGAGAAAUGAAGCUGAGAUGAAAGAGGCAGCGUAUGCUGAGGAGUUGAAAGUUCUUGAAGACUUCAAAAGCACCAAGAAUGAAUGGUAUGUGAAAGAAUCUGGGAGAAGACGCAGAAAGGCCACUCCUAUUGUUCAACAGGUUGAUGGAUCUUUUUCACAACCAAAGAAGAAGCAAAAGAAAGCUGCAAAAACAUCCUUGAUUGAUGAACCAGAAGAAGUUGAAACAGUGGUCACUGUGGAAAAGGAAACAGUGGUAGCUGCAGAAGAUGAUCCAUUUAAUGUUGACGAUUUGUUUGAUUCUGAUAUCUUAGAGACAGGGCCAACAGUGGUUGCUGAUGUUGAUAAAGCUGCUAAUGUUGAAGCUCAGAAAGGGAAAGGAAAAAUUACUGAUGAUAUUGAGGGUGAUGAUGUUGAUAAGAGCACAACGAGUUCAUCGAGUUAUGAAGAAGUAGUUGAUGAAACAGAACGUUUACGAAGAAUUCAGGAGGAAACAGAAAAAGAAAAGUUAUUAAAGAAGAGAAAGAGACAGGAAAAGGACGAUGAUGAUGCGUAUGUGCCUUCUCCAGAACAUGUCUCAGAAUCGCAAUCUCCUCCAGGUGGUAAAAAGAAAGGUAGAGUACGAAAGAAAGUCGUAUCCCCAAAGAUCAGAAAGGCUACUCCAAAGAUCAAAAUGCCAAAGAUUGUGCUUAAGAAGAAACAAACAAAAGAAACCAAGAAACCACCUACACCACCACAUGAACCAACACCUCCACAAUCACCAAUACAAUCACCACCCCGACAACCUACUCCACCACAACAAUCCUCACCACCUAAACAACCAACACCACCAAGACUACCAUCACCACUACAUCAUUCACCACCACCACAACAAAUCCUUCUCACCUCACAUGAAAUAUUUCAAACACCUCCACUAACCCAAGAUUUUGAUUUUGCCAACACUUCACAAGUAAGGAAUGUUGAAAAGAAAGUUGAUGAAGUUGUUGCUGAGAACAAGAAGCUUGCAGCUGAAAACAAGAAAGUUAUGGAUCGUGAAAGAAUUCUUGAGAUGCGUGUAAAAAGGUUGGAGAAUGAUAACAAAGAGUUGGUGAAAAUGAUUGAUUCUGAUCAGUCAGAGAUUGAUAUAUUGAAGGUAAGAGUUGCUGAGCUGGAAGAAGAAAAGGCUCGACAUGAUGAACAGAAUGAAUAUUUCAAGUUGAAAAACAAAGAACUUGAAGCAGCCAAAGCGUUCAGAGAUCAUGAGUUCUACAUGUUGAAUAAAGUAGUUAGAAGCAUGCUCGGAACGUCUGUUGAGCAAAAGUUUGAAGAGCUGCAGGUUGAAGAGCUCAGAGCUGAACGUCAAGCCAAAAUAGAUGAGCAAAUGAAAAACAAAGGCAAAGGAGUUGAAGGAAGUUCUGCAGUGACAGAAAGAUCGAUUGUUCCUUCAAUGGUGGUUGAUAAUCCCGAGCCUAUUUCUGCAGUUUCUGGUCUGUUUGAGGAUUAUACUCCUCUUGAAGAGUUAAUCGGUGAUAGUGAUGAAGAAGAUGAAGAAGAGGAGGAUGAAGAGGAAGAUAAAAAGGAUGAUAAAGUGUAUUCUGCAAGCAGUCAUGGUUCAGAUGAUGAUGACGAUGAUGCUCAGGGUGGUACAGGGUUGAAAGUAUCUGAAGCUUCUGCUGAACAGAAUGUUGAUAAUUUGAUGAAUGAUUCUAUGAACGAAGAAUCAGGGGGAGCUGAUAGACAGGGGGAGUCAGGUGAUGCAGAGAAUGUUCUACAAGCUCACAAAUUGAUUUUAAGGUUAGAUACUUAUCGUGAAGAAGGAGAGCAUUUCCAUACUUACACGUUGGAAGCAAUUAAGGAAAUGACUCGCUUGAUGGAUCCUGACUUUAAGUUCGACUUUGAAGAAGAAAUGAAUGCAGAGUUCGAAGAAGAAUUGAAUGCUUUCGACAUCAAUCAGCAGCGUGAUUACGAGUAUAAGUAUGUUGAAGAUGCUGAUAUGUACGAUAGAGUCGAAGUUGAAGAUUGGACGGAUGAUGAGAAUGUUGAUGAGGAUACUUCACAGUUGCCAACAUUGAUGGAGUUUUUCACAGAAGAAAAUCGUGAUUAG